UUCAAACAUUUUUUCUCGAACCAGCAAAAAAUUAUUUUCGUCCUUCAUUUUGAAGAAACCCAGAAAAACAGAAUCGACGUUAAAGAAAAUAAAAGAGCAACUAAAAUCAACGGUGAUUGAUUGAUCAGAGGAAAAUGUCGUGGCAAACUUACGUUGAUGAUCACCUGAUGUGCGAAAUCGACAGCGGCCAUCAUUUGUCGGCCGCUGCUAUCAUCGGCCACGAUGGCAGUGUUUGGGCCAAGAGCACCUCUUUCCCUCAGUUUAAGCCUGAAGAGAUUACUGCCAUUAUGAAAGAUUUUGAUGAACCUGGGUCUCUUGCACCAAGUGGGCUGCACCUCGGUGGCACUAAAUAUAUGGUAAUCCAGGGAGAGCCUGGAGCUGUGAUUCGUGGGAAGAAGGGCGCUGGUGGGAUAACCGUGAAGAAAACAGGCCAAGCUCUGAUUUUUGGCUUGUAUGAUGAACCAGUAACCCCAGGACAGUGUAACAUGGUUGUUGAGAGGUUGGGGGAUUACCUUGUUGAUCAGGGUCUGUAGGCCCCACCCCUGCUUGUUAAUCUCCUAUUUUACAUUUGGUUUUGGGCUUGCAUCUUUCUUCCAUGGCCAUGAAGUGGCAUUGAAGUUUUUGGAGUUGGCGAUGAUAAUAAUCAUUUGAGACAAAAUGAAUUUUUUGGGUUGAUAGGUUUUUUUCUUUUCAUUCCCUUUGUUACCGUAAUUUAUGUGUAUUCAUUCUCCCUGCUGUUUUGACUCCAGUGGAGUUGCUUAUUUUGAAGCAUUUCUAUGACAUAAUGAUAUGGUGGAAUCUAUUGUUUUGAGUUGUUAAAGUUACCAUGUUUCACGUUUU